UUAUUUAAAAGAACUGCCAUGAGAAGAUUGUCUUACUACUUAAUUGAAAGGAAAUGAACAUAAUUCAAUCGAUCAUUAUCAUAACAAAGCUUUCUUCGGCUCUGAAGAUGAUUGAGCAUAUCUGGAUAAUUCGGGAGAUGAGUUACAGCGGCGUACUGGGAGGCUGACUGACGGUGCAAUAUUGGGUAUUGGGAACGUUUACAACAUAAUAGAGAACAUUAGUCCGAUCCACUUUUGACAUCAUUAUCUGUGUAGUCGAGUGACGAUAACCUGCGAGCGUAGUGCGUUCGACGCUCCCGCCCCGCCUCGCGGCAGUCGCGCGCGUCCUCGCCUGCCGUACAGUCGUGCCACACCGUCAGCGCAUGCCUGCUUCACCAAGCUCUCAAGGGUGCGCGGGGAACUCGGUUUUGGCGGGUUUUCGGACGUGAUGCGCCUUGCACCCCCCCGCGGGAUGCGCACGUGUUGCCGAUGCGCGCUCUUGUAUGUGCCGGCGCCCCGUCACAGUGAAAUCUGUGGCGUGAACUGUCAGUGAUCACUUGGAUUGCAGUGUUGGAUUGUAGGAUCGGAAUUGGACGCGGUCGCCUUCGCGGCUUUUUUACUUGUUAAUUGCGAAUAUUGACGAUUGGCAAAACUUUAUCCUCGUCGAAAAUGUUCGUUCGCGGAGUUGAUUGAAACUCUGUAACUAAUUUGAAUAUUGUUUAAGUGAAAUGCGCAGUGUUUUUGUGUUGUUGAGAAAUUGUUGUGUUUGACAAGACGUUGCUGACGAGAUUGCUGGUAUGCAUAUGUGCUAUGAGCGGCCCGGCCUGGUCUCCGCCCUGAACGGCGCUGUUGGGUACGACAAGUGGGACCGAGACCGGGACCGCGGCGGCGGGGGCGGCGCCGGCGCGCCCGCGUGGCCGGGCCGCGACCGCGAGCGCGACCGGGAGCGCGAGCGGCAGGCGCGCGCGCACCAGAUGUCGCAGGCGCACGCCGCCGAGCCGGACGCCACCGCGUCGCUCUUCCAGGCUCCCUCCAGGGUAACGGGCAACAAGGAUCGCCAAAGCCAGCAGAUCCAGACGAAGCUCGGCGACUACCAGAUCGCGCAGGCGCUGAUCGAUGAUCCCAGCAAAUCGAUCGGCAUCUGCGCAGAGCCACCCAGCCCGGCGCCAUGCCAUCCGUCGCGAAGGGAGAGCGAGUUCAAGAAGCCCUCGCACGCGCCGCAAAACGGGCGCGUGCACCACCGACCCUACGUUCACAACAAGAGCGAUGGGUCAGUCUUAUCGGCACCGCCUACGCAUCGACCGCCGCCCCUAAAAAUCAACGGCGUCCAAUCACAAAGUGCAAUCGACAGCUGUCAGCCACCUAUAGAAAGUAUAUUAAAGGAAAUGAAGUCCCUACCGCAGCCGCUGUCAGUCAUCGCCGCUACGCCCCGCAAGGAGCUAGAGAACAAGUUUAUCUUCGACCCCUUUACGAAUAAGGUUCAAGAAAAUCCCCAACUAACCAACAACGAUCUCAAAACACCUCUCCCUAAGCCCGGUAUAGACAACCGGAUAUCACACUCAAGAAGCGUAACGCCACCGUGUGAUGGGUUAAACAAGGACCUGGGGUUGUCGGAGAGUGAUGACGAGGUGGCGGCCAGCACGCUACACCACACCACCAGCAGUACUGCGCUAGAACUAGAACCUAUCCUAUCACCAAUCGUCUCCGGCGGUAGCCCGUCCUCGGCCAGCGAGUCCUCGGACUCCGAGUCCGAGUCGUCCUCCGCCGAGUCCAGCGGUCCUCCGCCCCGAGAGACCAGAGAGCCCAGAGAGCCCAGAGAGACCAGAGAGACCAGAGAGCCCAGAGAGGCUAGAGAGCCUGCCGCGGCGCCGGCGCGACUAAGUUCCGCGGCGGAAUCGCAGCCGGUGCAGCGGCCCUCGUGGUCGCUGUCGAACUUCGCGCCGCCCACCGCGCCGCUGCCCGAGCCCUAUGAUACGGGGAAAGAGCUGAGGCAUGCGCUCGCAGAUAUCAAGGGGAAGCCGAGUCCUAUUUCGGAUCUAUCGGACUCGGAGGCGUCGUCGCCCUCGCCGGGUCAGAGGCGGAGACGGUCGUCGAAGCUGACCGUGUCCAGCGACGAUGACUCGCCAAGGCCCACUAAUACGCCGUCCCCCCGCGUGGCGGCCACCGCGGCCGUGAAGCGCGGGCGGCCGCCCAAGCCGCGCGCCGACUCGCGCGAGCGCCCCGCCAAGAAGAAGCGCGGCCGCCCGCCCAAGCCGCGCCCCGCCCACCCGCCCCCCUCCCCCUCCCCCACGCCCUCCCCCACCCCGCGCCCCGCGCACCCCGACCCCCAGCCCGCGCCCGCCCCGCACCCCGUGCUGCAGGAUACGAAGACGCAUAUCUUUCGCAAGGUUUUCACCCCCAAGAAGGGUGACGAGUGUGGCGGGAAAGGUGGCAAAGGUGGCAAAGGAAAAGGUGGCAAGGGCAAAGGUCAGGUCACCAUAAUAGAAGUGGCGGCAGAGUCCGGGGCCGACGACGACGAGCGGCGGCACCGGGAGCGCUCGGCGGAGAGGCGGAACGAGGAGGCCCGCGCCAGGGUCUCGCCCCCUCAGGAGCCCGAGACCUUGACCAGGAAACGAGAGGCCGAGAGGGUCGCCAAUGAACGGAUACAAGAGAGAGUGUCCCUCGAGCGGCCGAACGACCGAAUAUCGGAUCGCCUCCCCAUACCUUCCGCACCUUCCGACAGAAUACCGGAUCGGACGUCCACCGACCGGCUAUCCUCCGAGCGAUCCGACCGCUUACGCGACCGGUACAGCUCUGAACGCCUGUUGACCCCCAGUCGGCAUUCAAGAGAACGGAUAUCGUCGGAGCGGUCGGACAAGAUGGAGAAAACCCUCGACCGCAUCUCCGGGGAUAGGAUGGAUCGUCUGUCAGGGGACAAGUUGGAUCGCCUGUCGACGGACAAGUUGGAUAGACUGUCGGGCGACAAGUUGGACAGACUGUCGGGGGACAAGUUGGACAGACUGUCGGGGGACAAGUUGGACAGACUGUCGGGCGACAAGUUGGAGAGACUGUCGGUUGACAAGUUGGGCAUGGAGAGGCUCGACCGGAUGCCGGACAGAUUCGUCCGCGCCGAGGCUGAUGUCGGGUCCGGCUUGAAGGGCCGAGGCUCGGAGAGACUCGAAGAGGCUUCUUCAAUUGUGGGCCGGCGCGCGCGCCUGCCUGUGCGCGUGCCGCUGGACCGGCUGCGCGCAGACACGGUGCGCAGCCUGCUGGCCGCGCCGCCGCGCCGCGCCGCCAAGCGCCCUGCCACGCCGCCGCCGCACCAGGCGGGGGAGGUAGCCGCGACCAACCACGAGCGGACGGCGGGCCAGACGCCCAUCUACUACUCGUACUUCGAACGUCUGCCCGCAGACGUACUCUCUGACGAGGAACGCGACCACAAAUAUUACCUAGACCAAGCAAAACAGCUAAAAUGCGAAGCAGAGCGCGAGCAGAAAGCGUUGCCCCGCGUCAUGCUCUACCUCGAGUCGGUGCUGUGCUUCGUUCUAACCGGUCGAGUACUGGAACUGGAACUGGAUACCAAACGCGCCUUCACCAUAUACCGGGAGACCAUAGAGUACAUCAAGAGCAUACACUCCAUGCCGCAGCGGUUCAGGGCGUCGCCGCAUUCGACGUUCAACAAGCUCGAUAUAUUGAGCUUACGUGUGCAAGCUUUGCUGUACUUGCGCAUGUUCAAGAUGUACAACCGGGAGGUGAAGGAGUACUACAGGAUAGUGCAAGACUACCAGCAAAAGCCGGCGUGCGCGGAGUCCGUGUCCCCGCUGUCCCCGACCCCCUCCCCGGGCGGCUCGUCCGUGUCCCCGCUGUCCCCGACCCCCUCCCCGGGCGGGUCGGUGGGCUCCGCGGGCUCCGCGGCCUCGGCCUCCUCCGGGUACUGCAGCAUGGCGCACUCGGUGCCCGCGCACGCGCCUCCGUGGCCUCGGCCUCCUCGGUACUGCAGCAUGGCGCACUCGGUGCCCGCGCACGCGCACAACGCGCUGCUGCAGCUCACCAAGUACUACACGUUCCUGUACGUGGCGCACGACCUGUGGGAGCAGGCCGACAACCUGUGCCGCUUGCGCGCCAACCAGGAUCUAUUCAUAGCGGUGGACCGCAAAUGCGGCCCUCUGACCCUAUUCUCCACGUUCCGGCACCUCGUACAGUACGUGCGCUACGCCAUCUCUCUCAUCAAGAACGCGGCGCGCGAGUGA